CAAAGUAAAACGUAUUCUCAGGGAUGAUUACAGUUAUUCUCUCCCCAUGAUAUCACCUGUACAGCUUUAGCUUUAGUAGUUCCAUUACUCCACAUGGUUUCAAGUGAAUUUCCAAGCCCCUUUUCAUUGUUUCGUUAAAUUUGCUCCAAAAUGAUCCUGAUGACAACCAUAGAUGUAAAUUUAGUCAUGUUUUUGCUGAUCAUACCGUUUUCAGCUCUCCCAGCCAUUACUGUUGCAGACCAUCUUGUUACAUCAUGCUCCGAUAACACAAGCAACUACACUCUCAACAGUCCAUUUGAGAGCAACCUCAAGCUUCUUCUUGAGAACUUGCCUUCCAUCACGUCAUUAACAGGUUUUAACCACACCUCUGUUGGAGAUUUCCCUGCCAAGGUCUAUGGCCAAGCACUGUGCAGAGGUGAUAUUGUCAACUCAAGUUCUUGUCAGGCUUGUGUGGAGAAGGCAAGCCAAGAAAUCUUUAAUGAUUGUAGAAAUUAUAAAGAUGCAAUCAUAUGGUAUGAACUUUGCCAAGUUCACUACUCGUUUCAGAAUAUGACUUCCUUGUAUGUUUAUACAGGGAAGUAUCCAGACUGGGAUUCUCAGGAGAAAUUUCUAUCAGAUCCAAAACAUUUCUCUGAUGUUCUAAUCUACUUAAUGACUAACCUGUCAACUGAGGCCGCUGUCAAUCCUUCCAAGCACAUGUUUGCAACUGGGUCAAUCAAAUUUAGAAGCGAAACCGUAUAUGGUCAUGCACAGUGCACACGAGAUAUCGUAGCAGAUGAUUGUCAAACAUGUUUGACAACUGCUUUGGCUGAACUCAAAGGAUGCUGUUCGUCACGGCAAGGUGGAAUUAUUGUUAGCAGGAAUUGCGGCGUGAGAUUUGAGCUGUACAAAUAUUACAAUGCGUCGAGUUACUCGUUAACAUAUCCGAAUCCUAAAGGAAGUAAUUGGAAGAUUGGGAUAGUGGCAUUUGCUGCUUGUGCUCCUGUAGUGGUGAUUGUAAUUGUCAUUGGGUCUUGCAUUGUCUGUCUGCUGAAAAAAAGAGGACAACAAAGAGGCGUGGAAAGAAGUCACCUAGCAUUAUUACAGGAAUUGGCCUGUCCAAGAGGGGUCACAAUGACAGAUGAAGGUCAGUUGGUAAGUUCUGAGGACCUGCCUUUCAUGGACUUGACUACUAUCAGAGAAGCUACAGACAACUUCUCCGAUUCAAAUAAGCUUGGACAAGGUGGGUUUGGCACUGUUUAUAAGGGUGUGUUACCAGAUGGGAAAGAAAUAGCUGUUAAAAGGCUGUCAAGGAAGUCAUGGCAAGGCUUAGAGGAGUUCAAGAAUGAAGUCAAAGUAAUUGCAAAAUUACAGCACCGAAACCUUGUGAGGCUAUUGGGAUGUGGCAUGGAAGGAGAAGAAAAGCUGCUCAUAUAUGAAUUCAUGCAUAACAAAAGCCUUGAUAUCUUUAUCUUUGAUGCCGAAAGACGCGCACUUCUUGAUUGGGAGACAUGUUACAACAUAGUUGGUGGGAUUGCUAGAGGACUUCUUUACCUACACGAGGAUUCCCGGCUUAGAAUCAUUCACCGGGAUUUGAAACCUAGCAAUGUGCUACUAGACCAUGAAAUGGUUGCCAAGAUAUCAGAUUUUGGCAUGGCUAGAAUUUUCUGCGAAAACCAGAACAAAGCUAACACUAGAAGAGUAGUAGGAACAUUCGGAUAUAUGGCCCCGGAGUACGCAAUGGGAGGGCUAUUCUCAGUGAAAUCAGAUGUCUUCAGCUUUGGUGUUAUACUACUGGAGAUCACAAGUGGAAAAAGAAGUAGUGGCUUUUAUCUCUCAGAACAUGGCCAGACACUCUUAGCAUAUGCGUGGAGAUUGUGGAAUGAAGGGAGAGAAAUGGAAUUAGUGGAUCCUUCGUUGAUGGACAGAAGUCAAACAGAAGGGAUUGUGAGGUGCAUACAUGUUGGGCUGUUAUGUGUGCAGGAAGAUCCAGCAGACAGGCCAACAAUGUCAUUUGUGGUUCUAGCUUUGGGAAGUGACCCAAUAGCACUUCCUCAGCCGAAACAACCUGCUUUCUCUCUAGGUAAAAUGGUUCCAAUCUACAAGUCUUCACCGACAGAUCCUUCUGUAAAUCAAAUGACUGUUUCUGGUAUCACACCGCGCUGAUUGUUAAUAAGAUUGCCACUGUUCUUGUCAAUGUCUGUGCGGCAAUUGGUGUGGUUCAGAAUAGCUAGUUUUCUUAGCCAUUUUGUUAAGAUCUCAAAAUGGUCAAUAGAAGACCUCAAAUUGUGUAUAAUAACAACGUGUCAGAAUAGCUAGUUGGAAUUAUAAGGGGUUCUGACAAAUUAUAAGCCAGAAAUAAAUAGCAUGACGAGACACUGUCCACUAAUUUUAAGGUGGUACUGA